CCGAGGAGGAGCCACUUCUGCAGGCGCUGCUGCUGCUGCUUCGGGCGGGCGGCGGGUCUGUCUGCGCCCAAGGCAGGGAGCCUCCCUUCCCAGCUCUGCGCCCGGACUCGGCUAUGGCUACGUCUAUCCUCGGGGAAGAGCCACGCUUUGGGACGACGCCGCUGGCCAUGCUGGCCGCCACCUGCAACAAGAUCGGCAACACCAGCCCCCUGACCACUCUGCCGGAGUCCAGCGCCUUCGCCAAGGGCAGCUUCCACCCGUGGAAGCGCUCCGCCUCCAGCUGCAACCUGGGCUCCGGACUCUCCGGCUUCACCGUGGCCGCCGCCGCCGCCGCCGCCUCGGGACGGGGCUCGGGCGGACUGGGCGGAGGGGGCGGCGGCGGAGGGGCCGGCGGCGGCGGCAGCGGGGCGGCCAACAGCGCCUUCUGCUUAGCCUCCACCUCUCCCACCUCCUCGGCCUUCAGCAGCGACUACGGGGGGCUGUUUUCCGCCUCGGCGCAGGAGCCCGGCGGGGGCCAGUCGGCCUUCAUCUCCAAGGUGCACCCUUCGGCGGCGGCGGAGAGCCUGUACCCGCGGGUGGGGAUGGCCCACCCCUACGAGUCCUGGUACAAGACGGGCUUCCACUCCACGCUGCACUCGGGCGAGGUGGGCGGCGGCGGGGCCGGCUCGGCGGCCUCCUCCUGGUGGGACGUCCACGCGGGGCCGGGCUCCUGGCUGGAGGUGCAGGGGCCCCAGGGCUCGCUCCACUCGGGGGCCGGCGCCCCGCCCCAGACCUCGCUCCACUCCCAGCUGGGCGCCUACAACGACUUCGGCUCCUUGACCCACUCGGCCUUCAGCUCCACGGGGCUGGGCUCCUCGGCCGCCUCGCACCUCCUCUCCACCGGGCAGCACUUGCUCGGACAGGAGGGCUUCAAGCCCGUCCUGCCCGGCGCUUACUCGGACUCCAGCGCCGCCGUCAGCGCCAUGAUCUCCGGGGCGGCGGCGGCAGCGGCGGCGGUGGCUGCGGCCGGAGGCGCCGGGGGCGGCUCUUCCUCGUCCUCCUCUUCGCGCUCCGCCCGGCGCUACUCCGGGAGGGCCACCUGCGACUGCCCCAACUGCCAAGAGGCCGAGCGGCUGGGUCCGGCCGGGGCGAGCCUCCGGCGCAAAGGGCUGCACAGCUGCCACAUCCCCGGCUGCGGGAAGGUCUACGGGAAGACCUCGCACCUGAAGGCCCACCUGCGCUGGCACACCGGGGAGCGGCCCUUCGUCUGCAACUGGCUCUUCUGCGGGAAGCGCUUCACCCGCUCCGACGAGCUCCAGCGGCACCUGCGGACUCACACCGGCGAGAAGCGCUUCGCCUGCCCGGUUUGCAACAAGCGCUUCAUGCGGAGCGACCACCUGAGCAAACACAUCAAGACCCACAACGGAGGAGGAGGCGGCGGCCCGGGCGGCGGAGGGAAGAAGGGCAGCGACAGCGACACCGACGCCAGCAACCUGGAGACCCCUCGCUCCGAGUCGCCCGACCUGGUCCUCCACGAAGGGCGAGGAGGAGGAGGAGGGAAGGACUCCGCCGCCGGAGACCCCUGAAGCCACGCGGGACUCCGAGGCGGGGAAGAAAGGAAUUUGGGCGGGAAAAGAGCGCGCCAAAAAGAGACCCCCCAAAAGGGCGCCAAAGGGGGGAGGCUAAUUAAGCAGGCAUUGGUUUAAUUCUUUUUUAAAAAGAAAGAAUGAAAAGUUCAACCCCAGCAGAAGAAACAGAAGCA